AACCUUCGUAUUCUGUGUUUCCCACUGUUUUCUGUCAAACAUCUAUCUGAAAUUCAGUUUUACGUAACAAAUUGAAUAUUUUUUACUUUAAACAUCCUAAUGGCUAUGAAUAUGAUUCAGAAAAGAUUUAUGUCGUCCAGUGCACUACAAAAGUGGAUAUACAAUCUAUCUGGGUUUAAUAGGGUUGGACUGUGGAGAGACGACCUCUUGCUUGAAACUCCAGAAGUGAAAGAAGCACUAAGACGGCUGCCCGAGUACGUUAUCGACGAACGCAAUUAUAGGAUUAUUAGGGCCGCCCAAUUAUCGCUAGAGCAUAGAAUUCUACCUAAAGAUCAGUGGACGAAACUAGAGGAUGAUAAAUUGUACCUUACCCCUCUUGUAAACGAUGUAAUCAAAGAGAAGGAAGAAAGGAAACAGUGGGAAAAUAAUCACUGAAGAAAGAAAGAAAUGUUAUUUUUAAUCAGAGUAGUUAUGGCUAGUUGCCAUUGCAAUGGUACCUAAAAUAGGUCCCUCCUGAUUGUUCUGUUUACGAAAAUAAUCUAGUAAAUACUUAAGUAAU